CUAAAAAUGAAAUUUCUAGUCCAAUACAAGGUACUGAUGAAGAGAAGUGUAAAGGUUCUGGACCAUUUUGUAGUGAAGAUAGCCCUGGAAAUGAUCCCAAAGUACCUCGGUAAUAAUUGUGAUAGGUCCUACUGAUGCUUGUACAGGUACUAGAACUAAAAACAAGAAAAAAAUAGUUUUGACCAUAAAAAAAAAAAAAAUAAAUUUUUAUUGCAAUUCAAAACAUUAAAUAUGUUUUAUUAUAAUUGAAAAGAAUACAAUAUUGUUUUAAAAAAAUGUGGUAUUAAUAUAAAUGUUUGAACACAUGGGAUAUUUUUUUAAAUAUGAAUUUCUUAUUUAAUUUCUAUAUAAUUUCCACAGAAAAUUUUCUAUUUUACAAAAAUUCAACUUUGUACCAUUUUUAUAUGAUACAAGUAUAGAAAUAAACUUAUACAGUUUCUUUUUUAUUUGAUAUUAUAGCUAAGAAUGAAAUUUCUAGUCCAAUACAAGGCACUGAUGAAGAGAGGUGUAAAGGUUCUGGACCAUUUUGUAGUGAAGAUAGCCCUUGGGAUUUUCCAAAGUAUCUCGGUUAAAAAUUGUGAUACGUCCUACUGAUGCUUGUAGAGGUACUAGACCUUAAUACAAGGAAAUAAUAAUUAUUGACAAUAUUAAAAAUAUUAAUAAAUUUUUUAUUGCAAUUCAAAACAUUAUAUAUGUUUUAUUAUAAUUGAAAAGAAUACAAUAUUGUUUUAAAAAAAUGUGGUAUUUAUAUAAAAGUUUGAACACAUGGGAUAUUUUUUUUUAUAUGAAUUUCUUAUUUAGUUUUUAAAUAAUUACCACCGAAAAUUUUCUAUUUUACAAAAAUUCAACAUUGUACCAUUUUUAUAUGAUACCAUUAUAGAAAUUAACUUAUACCGUUUAUUUUUAAUUUGAUAUUUUAGCUAAGUAUGAAGUUUCUAGUCCAAUACAAGGAACUGAUGAAGAGAGGUGUGAAGGUUCUGGGCCAUUUUAUAGAGAAGAUAGCCCUGGGGAUUUUCCCAAAGUACCUCGGUUAAAAAUUGUGAUACGUCCUACUGAUGCUUAUACAG